CAGCAGCCGCAUCUCGUCGCGCGCGGAAACCCUAGCUACUCCUACCCGCAGCUCCGACUCGGAUUCGCGGCCCGCCGGCGGAUGGUGUCGAUGAGCACCGCUCCCAACCCGCUCGAGGCCGCGGCCGCGGUGUCCGUCGGGGGCGGCGGCGGGGACGGGGGCGGAGGGGGAGGGAAGAAGCAGAAGCAGGAGCAGCUGGCGGCGCCGAUGGCCGUGCCGACCGCGUCGGCGGCGGCGGAGGCCACCAAGGUGAGGAAGCCAUACACCAUCACCAAGUCCAGGGAGAGCUGGACGGAGCCCGAGCACGACAAGUUCCUCGAGGCGCUGCAGCUGUUUGAUCGUGAUUGGAAAAAGAUAGAAGCAUUUGUUGGCUCAAAAACUGUGAUACAGAUAAGGAGUCAUGCGCAGAAGUACUUCUUAAAGGUUCAGAAGAAUGGUACAGGGGAGCAUUUGCCCCCACCCCGGCCGAAGCGUAAGGCGGCCCACCCAUAUCCACAGAAAGCCUCUAAAGCAUCGCAAGCUGCUGUGUCACAACAACUACCUCCUCCUCCUCCUCAUCAUCAUCAGGAUCAGGAUGCUGUUAUGUCUAUGGAUGCAUCUAUGGUUGUUCCAAACAACAAUGCAAAUGCUGUGGCACCUUCCUGGGACAAUGCUCUUGUUCAACCUUUGAGUGGAAGUCAUACGCAAGGUGCUGCUGCAACAAAUAACUGCUCUAGUAGCAUAGAGAGCCAAUCUGGGACCUGGCCAACUUCUGAAGCAGUUGAACAAGAAAAUGCGCCUCCUCCACUCCGUGCUAUGCCAGAUUUUGCACAAGUAUACAACUUCCUUGGAAGCGUAUUCGAUCCAGAUAAGAGUGGACAUUUGCAGAGGUUAAAGGCGAUGGAUCCAAUUGAUGUGGAAACGGUACUGCUGCUGAUGAGAAAUCUAUCGAUGAACUUGACUAGCCCAGACUUUGAGGCCCAUCGGAAUUUGCUCUCGUCGUAUGGUUGUGAUGAAGACGAUACCAAGUCCGGAAGCAUGGGAAGUCUUGGAUCUCAGAGUCACCAUCUGCCAUCCAUGGUAACAAGUGAGUGAGCAUCAGCCUGCUCGCCAUAGAAGCUUCAGUUGUUCGUUUCGCAAGACACCUGUGCUCUCCUUGUAAUGGACUCACAGACGGCUGGUCUGGGACUUCUAUGGAUGUUUGGUGUGUUGUUUCAGUGACAUUUGUAUAGCUUGCAGUGAUAUGCUCUAACCCUAGGCUAGUUUUGCUCAUCAAGUUGGUGUAGGUAGCCAGUUUUGUGUGCUCCAAGCAAUUCUUUUCCCUAGGGUGGGGCAUAAUAGCUCAAGAUGGUUUUUGUGUAUACAUCGAUAUGUGUGCGUUGAUGUAAAUAUGUAUUAUCGUGUAAUGCUUAAGAUACUGGUGAGUUGUUUCGGCAAUAAUAAGCUGGAUAAUCCAGCCGGGUGUACAAUUCACUGUAAUGUAAUGCACCUUAUGCAAUGCGAGUUCUGAAAUGUGGAUCUGCCUUAA